AGCUGCAACUCGCUGUCCCCGAAAGCGAGAGGCGCACGAAGACCCCAUUACUAUUGAGUUCCAAGCCAAUGAGAAGAAGAGAGAACGCUCCAAAAGAGAGACAGAGAGCGAAUCUCCCCCUUCUCUCCGACGUCCGCAUAUUUCUCUGUCGAAGCGCAUUUGCUCCUUGUUAACUGGAGGUGUCUUGGUGGAUUGGAGUCUCGGAAAGAGUGGAAUUCGCAUUCGCCUGCUCGGGAGAAGCUCCGGAUUCGGCGGGUCGGAGCUGCGAUCUGGCCGGUGAAUUCGCCGCCGGCGGUGGAUGACUCCGAGGAAUGCGCGUUUUUGAUACAUCUGGCAAGAUCGUGAGAUUUUAGGGGCAGAUCAAUGAAGAACGGGAUUAUAGAAUGCAGUGUUUGCCACUCGAAGCUUUUGUCACCAAGCUCCAAAACCAUAUCAAGGGCCUAUGACCGGCACAGAAGCAGAGUAUCGUCCAAGCAGCGUGCCCUCAACACCCUCUUGGUGGUCGGGGAUUGUAUGUUAGUUGGUUUACAGCCUGUUUUGGUUUAUAUGUCCAAGGUUGAUGGAAAGUUCAACUUUAGCCCAAUCAGCGUUAAUUUUUUGACUGAGCUUGCAAAGGUCGCUUUUGCAAUUGUUAUGCUUUUGUUACAGGCAAGGAAUCAAAAAGUUGGAGAGAAGCCAUUGUUAUCAAUAUCGACUUUUGUGCAGGCAGCACGCAACAAUGUGCUUCUUGCUGUUCCAGCCCUUCUCUAUGCUAUCAAUAACUAUUUGAAGUUCAUCAUGCAGUUAUACUUUAAUCCUGCAACAGUGAAAAUGCUAAGCAACUUGAAGGUUCUGGUUAUUGCAUUUUUGUUGAAAAUAAUAAUGAAGCGCAGAUUCUCCAUAAUUCAGUGGGAAGCCCUUGCUCUCUUGCUCAUUGGGAUUAGCAUUAAUCAGCUGCGCUCACUACCCGACGGACCUGCUUUGGGUCUUCCUGUUGGAACGGUUGCGUAUAUCUAUACAUUUAUUUUUGUCACAGUUCCGUCUCUUGCCUCUGUAUAUAAUGAAUAUGCUCUGAAGAGUCAAUAUGACACAAGUAUAUAUCUUCAGAAUUUAUUUUUAUAUGGAUAUGGUGCUAUAUUUAACUUUCUGGGAAUUCUUGGAACUGCCAUUGUUAAAGGUCCCAGCAGCUUUGACAUCUUGGAAGGACAUUCAAAAGCUACCAUGUUUCUAAUCUUUAAUAAUGCAGCCCAAGGAAUUUUAUCUUCCUUUUUUUUCAAAUACGCAGAUACAAUUUUGAAGAAGUACUCGUCAACAGUUGCCACAAUCUUCACCGGCAUAGCUUCAGCUGCACUCUUUGGUCAUACUUUAACUGCCAACUUCGUCUUAGGAAUUUCUGUUGUGUUUAUAUCAAUGCAUCAGUUCUUUUCACCCAUUUCAAAGGUUAAAGAUCCACCAAGAAAUGGGACUCUGGAAUUAGUUGAUCAUCAGGACAGCCACAGGUCUAAGGAUUCAUUUAUAAAUAUGGCAGCAGGAGCAAAUGAUGAGGCUAGUCAUCGGGUAGGGUCUGAUGAGGAACAGCCUCUACUCCCCAGAUAGGUUACGUCAGGAAAUUUUCAGGCAUUGUCUAGGAAGAAAAUGGUACAGAGAUGGCCACUUAUCAGAUUCGGUGUGGAAUAAUCGAGCAAUGCGUGCUGCUCCUGUGGGAUCCACGAGUGUCGCUGAAUCCAGUUAGUUCCGAUAUUGAAGCUUUUUCAUUUGGGAGAGCUCGAAGCAUUUUUUCUUUUGGAUAGAAGAUAGCAGCGCGUAAGGUGCCAUGCCAGUUUUCGAGAUCCUUGGAUUUCUGUUGCAGACAAUGUAAAGCCUAUCAUUCUUAUCUGUAUUCUUUAAGACAUUGAGAAAUAUUUUUUGCUUCGACUUUUCAUAGGUUUCUCAAAAUAUGUAUUCUUUCUUCAUUUAUUUUUUUAUUGUUUUUUUUUUUUUUUUUUGUGACAACAGAAGUUCUCAUUUCAAUUUCGUUCUUCCAAAGGAAUAGAAAUCAAAUGCUCAUAAAUUUGUUGAACAGA